AUGGCACCCUCCGACAUGGGCCCGCCUACUACUCGCCACAAGCUCCUGCCUCACUUCACAGAAUGUCGGCCGGAGCAAGCUGACCCGCAGUCGCUGUUCAUUGCGCGUUUGCUGGAAAAGAUGCCGAAGGACAGGGUGAACAGCACGACGCUUCCUUGGCCGCGCACCAGAAAGAAGGCCAUCGACUUCCUAGACCUGUAUGAGAAGACAUACCCAAAUUGGCCCGCCUCGAUCUCCCUCGCUCAACGCUAUGAGGAAACCUUGCGUCAGUUGGCACAGCCCGCUAGUGCAGCUACUCACACGGAUGGCUACGAAACUACGUCCACGGAUGAUACUGAGAUGCAUGACGCUCUCAUGCCCGAACUUCAGCCUGGAUCCGAGUCUGAAGUGUCGCAGUCGCCUACCGAGCUCUCGAAUGAUCUCUGCGACACGAUGGAAGUCGAGGAUAGCUAUACGGACCAGAAGAUGACUAUGGACACCGAAACUAAGAAUCUUGGCAAAUGCGGAUGA